UUCAAGCUGUAGGCCCGCGUUAUGUUCCCCAUCUCCAAGAAAAGAAAAAAAGAAAAAAUAAAAGAAAACACUACACUUUCUUCUUCCUCAACUUUUACUCGUUCGACCAAUCUCUAACAUCCAUCAUAUCCCCAAUGCAAGUCGAAGAAUUCUUUACAGAAACCACUAAUUCCAUGCCAUCCCCUAACCUCUCUCUAAGCAUCAGCGUGGACUCACCCCAACCCCAGACUGAGCUCUCUCUCUCCAGCUCUUCUUCUCCGCCAUUAGAGGAGCUUCGAAAAGCUUCUAAAUCGAUAAAGGGAAUACCAAUCUAUAGCAAUAAUACCAGCAGUAGCAACAGCUCCUUCCCCUUGCUCCCAAAAAUGCCUUCUUAUAGCGCCCAAAAUCAGUACAACACAACACUGAGAUCUAGACUUAUGUGGAGGCUUCCAGUGAGGAGGAGUAUGAGGGCGCCGAGGAUGAGGUGGACGACUACUCUACAUGCUCGAUUUGUGCAUGCUGUAGAGUUACUUGGUGGACAUGAGAGUAUGUUUGGAGCUACACCAAAAUCAGUUCUUGAGCUCAUGGAUGUGAAAGAUCUUACUCUCGCCCAUGUCAAGAGCCAUCUGCAGAUGUAUAGAACAGUGAAGACUACUGAGAAAGCUGCAGCUUCCUCAGGCCAAUCAGACGGCUCAGGAGAAGAAGACUUAACCCGUGACCUUGGCUUUGGACGGCUGAUGGAUAGCAGAGGAUCUAAUCAAACCAUGACAGUUCAUGACAUGGACUACACUUCUGCAAAAAGGAGCAACUCAUCAAGCAGGGGAAUUUGGUUGCAUUCAAUUCCAAACGAGAUUGAUGAGAAUAGAUCAGAAAACUUAUCAGCUAAGGUUGAGCAGGUUAAUGACCUUUCAUCACCCAGUGUUUCACCAAAGGCAGUUAAAGAAAGUAUAAACCCAAGCUUGGAGUUCACACUUGGAAGACCAGAUUGGCAGAGCAAGAAGCAGGAUUAGUUAAAUAUUGGUCAUGUAACCUUCUUAGUUUUGAUCAAGAUCUUCAUCAAGUGCACAUAAAUUAAAGCGCACGUUCAGUUGAUCAUAGAUGUACAAUAGGAUGAGAAAAAAAAUGGAAAGCUAAUUAAUAGGAAGAAUUUAUGCUCCUUCCUAAUUACCAUGCAUGGUAAUUAAUUAAUGAGUGAUUUACAAUUAUUUGUAUUUGAUAUGUAUGCAAAAGUUUUACUUAGAUCGGUAUGAAUCUCAAUGCAUUAUUUUAAA